UCAGUAUCCCCCCCGCUUUUUUCUAGGCGGAGUAAAAUUAAAUUACCAGUAGGUUAUUUUCCUUUGCUAACCGCAGUUGUCAUUGCUUAUACUCUAGUGAUUAUUUGGACAUAUAAAACAAUGUUAAUUUUCAAUGGACCCUACGUAGCUCAAUGUGGUUGAUGGAAUUUGUCUGCUACCAGCAUUUUGAUCGAUUAAGAGGAUUUUCCUUGUGUUAUUCUUAGAAAUCAAGUUGGUGCAAGCAAAAGUAACGUUUGACAGUAAUGGCAUGAGAAACUGACCUGAACGUUUACUGUUAUUUCGAAUAAUAAAGCCUAUUUUCAGCUGACUGCAUCUAUACAAAGGAACUGCGAAUUGUUUUCAACCGGAAGAAGACCCGUGAGGUCAUGGGGGGCAAAGUCAGUAGCAAAAUGGCGACUGUUGGGCGGGUUGUACAGGUACGCUUGUCUAACUGGGUCAUUUAUCGCUCUGCAACAACUAUUGUCACUCAAGCUGUGAAACCUCAUGCUCCACUAAUCAAGUUUCCCAGCAGAGAGGGGGUACCCAGGCCGAAUGUCCAAGAGGCUCUUAAAACAUUAGCAGUCAGCUCUCCUAGUCCACCUCCACUUGUAGUGCCGCUGCCGUUAUCAAGACCCCCUGGACCUCUCACUUGGCUCCCUGGAACCCCAGACAGCUUGGCCACAGUGAAGGAACUCCCCCAAAGAUACCGCAGGAGAGCACUGGAAGCAGAAGAGAUGGACUAUAUUCAGCGUGGUGGACCAGAGUAAAGUUGAGUGACUCAGUGAAUGCAACCACGGUCCUUAUCUGUGGAAAUCAAUUUCUUUGCCUAAUUUUGUUCUUCAACAAGAGGACCUGCUGCAACACCUCAUUAAACGUCAUGCAGAAUAAAGAUUUUAUUCAUGUUGAAAUUGUACAUAUAAAGUUUAUUUUUAAAGAUGUGACUGUAGAUAUUUUUUGCUUGAUUCUACCUUAAUUUCAAUGGGUACAUUUUAAUUGUUUUAUUUUAGAAAAGCCAUUACAGUAAAUCUUCCAAUUAUAUUAUUUGUUCAGCACCCACCUCAUUCAGUGCUCACUAUUUUACACCUUCACUUAAUUCAAUCCUUGAAGGUUAAUGUUGGCAUCAACAGUACAUCUGUGUACCAUUGACCAGCCCUUUAUCCCAUCCCUACACUACAUUGUUGUCGAUAGUUGCAUAUUUAUGACAAGACUGAAUUACGCCACAAAACUGAAGAAAAUGAAGGGCUCAUUUCUCAUGGCCCAGAUUAACAUGGAUUAAUCUGGUGCAAGUUUGUUCGGGUACAAAGCAAGUAGGAUACAUAAUGGAAGUGAAUGGAUUUUGUUUGAUAUUGGACAAGAAUGAUUAAAAUGAUUACUGUGAA